UAAGAAUGAGUCAGAAAGACGAGUGUGUCGUUGAUUUAGAUUACUGUCAAAUCUCCCCGCAGCUUUCCACAUCAUUCACAUCUCUUCACCUGCAGCAUACUGAAUACGUGAUUAUAGUAUUCACACAGAGCUGUAGUCUUCUUGGAACUAUAUCAAGGUCAUCAUCAAUAUCAAAUAUGAACGGCCUGCUCAUCCUGGGUGUAUUGCUGUUCAUCCCAGGGCAAAGUGAUGCUCACGCUACGGUUACUCCCAGCCUUGCACAUACUGACAAUAAAUCCACAACUGUAUCAACAACAAUCUCCCCUGCUUCCAAAAGUAGCGCUGAAUCUCAGCCUGCCACCAGAUCUGUCUCCACUACCAGCAUCACCACCACCACCACUGAGCAGACACCAACAACCACCCAAAGUGUUUUUCAAAAAUUCAAAUCUGAAUGCCUUGACCUGUACAUACUGUCUGGCAUAAUGUUAUUAAUCUGUGGGUUUUGUAUGAUAUCGACACUGAUACUGCUGUGCAAGGUGUGCCAGUUGAGGAGACGUCUGAGAACCGAUGGCGAACCUGUCAGCAACAACGAGUACUGGAUGGGGACUGACAAUAAGGUCAAAAGCAAGUCUGACUCUGAGAGAGAAGCCAAAGAGAGCACCAUGUUGAUGGCUGAGCUAACUCCAGCACAAGGGGAGACAAAUAACGGCACCAUCAAGGAAGACGGUGAGAACGUAAAGGAGGAUGAGAAAACACCAGAGGAGAAGGCAGUGGGAGAUGCGGCCAACAGCGAGGAGGCUUCAGCUACACCUGUAACUGCAGCUGAAGAUUCACCCUCCCCCAACCCACAGGCGGCCACCGAAGCCCAGCCCAGCCAAGCUGUGGAUGCAGCCUCCUCUGAGGGCAAAGAGGAAGGUGAUGUAGAAAAGAAAUAGAAGAUUCCUAUCUCAUUACUAAGAUUCCCACCACUUCUAAAUACUCGGGUUUUAUGGAUCUUACACUGUGUGUUUCAUACUAUGAUUAGCUCAUUAAAUAAUUGCCCCUACUUUUGUUCUUAUACAGCCUACAUCACUCUUCUUAUAUAUUGCAUGAGAAAAAUGGGACAGUGACCAACUUCUUGAGUAAAUCGUAACACAAGACAUUGAUGUCUGAUAAGACAAGCUAAAUAUAUGAACAUUUUGCUUUCUUUCCCAAAGGAUGUGAUGUGGAGUUUUGUGUAUAGUUGCCCUUAUUUCACUUUGGCUUUAAAUCCUUUAACUGUAAUUUUUUUUUCCAGACAGAUUUUUGUUCUAUUUCAAUUAGAUAAUCAACCAGCUGUGUGUAUUCUAAGCUUGUCAACCAUUUCUUACUGGGAAAACAACAGAGUUAUGUUGCUUCCAAUUCUUGU